GUCUUCCGGCCUCGUACGCCUCCGGAGGCCAUCGCCCUGUGCUCUCGCCUGCUGGAGUACACGCCCACGGCGCGCCUCACCCCUCUAGAGGCCUGUGCACACUCCUUCUUCGACGAGCUGCGUGACCCUAAUGUCAAACUGCCCAACGGGAGAGAGAAACCCUCGCUUUUUAACUUCACCACCCAAGAGCUAUCUAGUAAUCCCUCCUUGGCCUCCAUACUCAUCCCAGCCCACGCCCGCAGCCAGGCUGCCGCCUCUACUCCAACUAACGCAUCUGCCACUACAGAUGGCAGCAGCACAGAGCGAGGUCCCAACAUCACCACCGCCUCGGCCUCGGCCUCCAACUCCACCUCCUGAGYCUGCAGAGCGUCCCGCCCCAUCCCGGUCUCAGCCCCUGUCCACAGCCUCUCCAUUGCCUCGGCCAGGGUGGGGGGAGCUCCAAACAGCUGUGCUCCUGCCCCGCUCUCCUCCCUGGCAGCGGCGCAGCGAUGCUGAGGCAGCCCGGGUUCAACAGCUAAACAGCCCCCCUCCCUAGAAACGACCACAAACACAAGAAUCCCCGACCUCUGUAUCUGAACCCCCCUCCUAUGGCUGACCUCCUCGUCCAGCUGCUCGUCGAGCUCCUCUCCAUCCUUCGUCAAAGGCACCUGGGCCGCGAGGGUUGCUGACCGUACUCUUGUUGAAAGUAGACUGUACCUGUAAACACAGUUAUUUGUAAGAGGACAAUCUGUAGAAAAGUCCUUUGCUGUCCCCCCUCGACCCGUCCUCUCCUCAUUGUUACCAUUUCUCUGCAUCCCCAGUCCGCCACCCCUCCUCAUUUGGCUCCUUCUGUAGUGCAUGCCCUGAGUACGGUAGGAUCGAUUCAUGGGGGUGGGGCGGGGGGGCGUCACACCCUCGCAGCUCCACUUCCSCAGACAAGGCAUGAGGCUCCCGCACGCGUAAGCACACACUCAGACACGCGCACAUCUUCACACUUACACACGGAUGCAUGAUGACGUAUGCGGAAAGCAUCACUUUGUGACAGGGUGUGGUGGGGGUCGGUUUAUUUGUAUUUUUUGGCCCCUGGUUGUUUUUAAGCGGGAAGCGAGCUGUUGUAGUCAGUUUUUUUUUUUUUUUUAAUUUGACUUUGUUCUCCUGGGCAGAUGUUUUCUGGGUGUGCGAUGGAUGUGACGUGUAUCUGGUCCCGUGUGCUUGUAUAAUAUAUACAUACAGUACAAACACGCAUACCUACACAGUUUAUAUAUUACUUUUCUUUAUGUAUAAAAAGUAUAUAUAGAUAUAUGUAUAUUAUUCUACAGUGGUUCAGAAAUCAUUUAAGGUGAGAUCAUAUCCUGUAGAGCAGUGGCAAUAUUUGCUGCUGCCUAAAGAUAACUGAUUUCAAUAAGUUUGUGUUGUUUUUUUUUUCUUUAUUUUUGUUGUUUAUGCUGGAGUGUUGUUAGAUUCCAGCAGCCACUUCCUCCUCUUCUUACGUAGAUGGAUUUAGGGCGCUGCUCUAUUCUAUUUUGCCUUCGACUCUCUGUAAUGUUGCAUCUGUGACGGUGCAGCGUCUCAACAAACUCCUGAAGACUUCUAGACGAUCACGCUUUGUGUUGUUUGAUUUCUCUUGUCUGGACUCGUGGAGAAGCCCCAGCGGCCGGCGGUCUUCAGCGCACCAGAGGCUGUUCUAGCGGUGCGACUGCAGACUGAAAGUGUUUGCCAAGCGUUUCUUUCUCUUCCACCUGCAGCACGUAGAUCCGCUCGGUGCAGAGCUGACAGAUUACUUACAGAAAAACACUACAAUUUAAAAAAGAAGAAAGGAAGAAAAAAAAACUGAAUUUGUACAUACAGUAUAAAUGCUCCUCACCAAAACUCUGACUUGUACGUCUUGUAUGUUCUUAUGUUUUUUUUUUCCCAUGUUGUGUUCAAGGUAUGUAUAUAUACGCAGACCCGUGUACUGUUUAUGAGCAAAAACACAAAGAAAAGUGGAGAAAGAUUUGGAAAAAAUAAGAAAAAAAUAAGAGAAUCAGGGCGAAACUUAUGUUUAUGGAUAUUGUAGAUGAUGAUGAUGAUGAUGAUGAUGAUGAUGAUGAUGAUGAUGAUGAUGAUGAUCAGCUUUAUCCAGCCAUAUGUUCAAUCUUACCUGUACAGUACAGUAGAUGAGACAGCUGUAUUAUUGUAACAAGAACUUGUCAUGUAUAGUGUAACUAUAGUUUGGAGUGCCUUUGCUUUCAUACACCUUCGCCUUGUCUCCACCCUCACCUGCCCCCCCAUCAAUCGCCACCCAGUGUUGUGACCCCCCUCUCCUCCUUGGUGCUUUUGAAUGUCCUACACAAGUAGCCCCUCCCCUCUACGCAUUUUCUCCCACUUUUCAUUGCACAGUUAAUGUAUUACACAGACGUUACUUGUAAGGAUAGUUUUCCUUAACUGAAGAACCAUUAAAACAGGUGUUUAUUUUGAUAGAUGUUUUAUUUUGGGCACCGCAAUCCUCUAUGGACUUAAGUGGGUAGUUAUAGUUGGGUACGGGAGGGGCAGUUUAUAAAAAAUAGCCCUCGUUUACUGUACAUAUACRAUACAGUAGAGAUUCUGUCACUCAGUGUUGGUCCUGCUACCAAAGCCAAACUUUAAUGUAGUUGUGAUGAGCCAUCUUCAGAGGCAAUAACUCUCCUUUUYUCUUCUGUCUGGAUAUUUUGUUGUCCCCCCACGCCCUCCCUUGAACCGCAUCUCAAUGGGGGAGGGAUUCAGUAGCACCUAAAAGGGGUCGAGUCAUGUAGCCUUUUUCUCCUCCUCCAUCUCCUGCUUGCUGUAAUUUAGCAUUCAUGAACGUGUUGCUACCCUCUACAAGGUUUGACCACUUUAACCGAAACUUUAACCACCCAGUUCAAUAAAAAAACGCCUGAACGGUUACCAAAAGAAAAAAAAAGUAUAAAUACUAGUAUUAUAUACUAGCAUAUGUACUUGUAGAACAUGCCAACCGGAUCUAGCUGGGGUUAAAGAAAACAAGAAAAGUAAAUACUACAAAAACAUCUUGUAUAAGAGUACUACUACUUGAAUGCUUCUGUUUGUGACUGAACAUUUUGAUUUCUUUUGUUUCAUUUCGGUUCUGUUUCUUUUGUUAUGUGAAGGUAUGCUAAAUGUGCGCCUCUGUAAAUAUUCCCUUUCUGCGUGCUCCGAGGAAUAGUUCCCUGGUACUGUAAUUUGCAUUAAAUAAAGAGUAGGAUAGCCUGGAAACGAUCAA